AUGUCGUUGGCUCUAGGUACCGUGCAGUCUUGGUCAGAUUCAGAGAAACUUUUCCACAACUGGUUUUGUGCGCCGCAUGUGGAAACUAUGAUAUCCCAUCUAUUAGCUGUAAAGCAGGGGUAUGAGGAGCCUAUGGCACAAUUUUUGGAAAGAUUUCGACAAGCUAAGACGCGGUGCACAAUACAAAUUCCGGAACAACAAAAAACCGCAAUGGCAGAAUAUUCUGAGGAACAAGAUGUGUUGGCCGCUGAGUUGUUGAAAGGAAAGACCUAUUCUUGUUCAGCAUUAAGGCCUACAAAGGGCAAGGAAAUUGGAGGUGACCAAUAUACCUUCGAUGUGCCUAAAGUUGAACAGAUAUUUGAUCAUCUAUUGAAAGACAAACAAAUCAAACUCCGGGACGGGCAGCGAGUGCCGUCACUAGAGGAACUGAAAGGAAAAGUGUACUGUAAGUGGCAUGGAAGCUAUACACAUGCUACCGCCAGUUGUACGUACAUACGAAAUACAAUCCAGAAGGCCUUAGAUGAGGGCAGAUUAAAAUUAACAGAGAAGAGUAUGCAAGUGGAUGCAAAUCCAUUUCCGGCUCCGUCCAUUAACACCAUGUCUACAGGAAGUCCAAAAGACAACACGAAAGGAAGCAAUCGGUUCGGCAGCCGGUUCAUGAACGACUCGGACCUAGAAUACGACAAAGGGGUUCAGUCUUUGAUAUGCUAG